UGCAUCCCUGACCAGGGUGCUCAAUUGCACGGAGCUCUGAGGCACCGUGUCCUACGCUCGCACAGCCGGCACUGCAACAUCCGCCGUAAGCUUAUUCCAGCCCACAUUCUUUGGCGACCCUCGGCCUACAUGCCACAUGUGUGUCAGCAGGGCUGACCCUAGCAAACUCACGUAAAAAGCCUGAGUGGCGGUCUGCACAUGUCGCUGGGACGGAUCAACACAAUGACUUCCAUCGCCGAGCAACCGCGCAUGUCGGUUUCUUCCGUCUCCGCAUCCAAUACUUUAAUCUCCGGAAGUGACGCGCUUAUCAAUGAGGGUGGCGCAGGCACCGGAGCUGGCUCAAGUGGAGCGCGUAGCAGACUUUCCAAGCUGCUCAGUGCGGCCCGCACGAGCUCAUCCGUGCGCGAACGUAAGCAAAGCGGGCACCAUUACCAACGCUCACAACCAAACUACCCGUUCUCGGCCGCGGCAAAGAGCUUCCAUCGACCCUUCUUGACCUCUGCUUCUGCGUCCGCGGGAUCAUGCGUCAGCGAAGGCCCCGCGAGUCCGUGCCAGAGUAACAUGGGUAGGCAUGACGCUGGUGGACUCGGCGGCAGCGGCGCUGGCGACGCUGCCAGCUGUAGUCGUAGUGCAACGCGGCUCGGCUUGGGCCUAGCUACAGGCGGGUGGAGCCAGUCUGCUGGCGCAGCCGCGAGGCAAGAUCCACAUAACGCGUACUACAUUCAGCAUCGCGGACUCAAUUCCCCUUCGUCAUACCCAGCCAAGGAGACCGAAUCGGGUACACAUGGUCUUGGACUGGGGCUCGGCUUAGGGCUUGGACUCAACACGUCCUUGCGCCAAGGGGCAGAGUCACAAUUGCUUGACCCUUCCGGGGCGAAUCCGGCGGUCAAGUCUCUUGCUCGGCAGCUUGAAUUACGCUUCAAGUCGAACUUUGUCUCUGGUUACGGUAUCAGGAGCGACGCUGGUCCUGUGUUGCCUCCGGUCUCCUCGGGGGGCAUCGGGAUCAGUAAUCUGGCGGGCAGCGCAGCAGCAGGUGUACACAGCCGUAUACAGCAUCCAUGGGGCGAGGUACCAGGCCUCGAGCGCGUCGACCCCAUCUUCCCCACCUCUCAUCAGCACCAGCCUCUGACAAUUCCCACGCGGAAUCGCGUAUAUCUCCGUCCGGGCGACUCAGGCACGCUUAACCUGCCCACUGCUUCCAGGUCUGUGUCCGGCUCGACACAGCCGUUAGACAAACAGUUUGAGGGCAAGCUGCUGCACUCGAUCGCUCGCAAAGAACCGCCAUCCUUCCUCGGUUCGCUAUCGUCUGGCACGCCCAUAUUAGCCACGGCGCAGCCCACCUAUAUGCACACCACUCCGCGCGCUUUAGAGUUUGGAGAUGCACUUCCCUCUGCGUAUUCGCAUGCUCGACCGCAACUCGGCAACAGUAGGGGAGGUGGUGGAGGAGGCGCCAACACUGGCGGGAGCGGAGCGGGAGGAAUUCCAGCCGUCAUGAGAAGUGAUGAUGCACCCACCGCUCUCACCAGCGCACAUAGCCUUCCCCGCUCGGCAACUUUUGGCUAUCCGAGCGGCAGCAGCAGUGGGAAUGCCGGCGCCACGGAGCAGAGAACGGCGAUGGCGGGGAAGGAGCGGCAGGCCGGUCUGAAUACGGCUGCUUCUUCGACAGCUACCUCGCCUGCUACGGCGACUACAGCGACUUUCAAUAGCCAUUCAUACCGGCGUUUCCGCAGGGGACGGCGGGAGUCUGCGGGUCUAGCGACAGACGCGGGCUACGACUCGACGGCCAGCGCGAGCAGGGAUUACUGGGAUAAUAUCACGCCGCAAACCUCCGUUAGCAGUCUCCGCAGUCACCCGAGCGCCCGAGCGCUCGGAACUUCGCACACCAAAAGCACCUCCCUCGGCUCCGCUACGUCUGGCUUAGCGCGUGAUCCGGGCGGGAUGGUGGCUGCGGGCUCGCUGCAUUACAUUCCCACCGGCGCAGCAUCAAAAGCAUUUACUAGCACGUCUUAUGCAGCAUCGCGCUCCGAAUCCGGAUCUAGACCACCCACUGCGAGCUCCAUCUCAAGCGUCAACGAACUCGCUUCAGGCGCACUUUCACUUCAGCAUCAGCAACUGCGCCAGCAACAACUUGUGAACAAGGCUUGCGCAUGGAGUCAACGUAGCGACGGACUGUCCCGAUUCGCUUCGCGUCCUGCAAUUGCUGGACUCAUCAGUCGUCCGCCAGCUUUGUCGCCCGUCGCUCCCAGUACAUCGAGUGUCGCAAACGCUCACAGCCCGGAGAAUGCGCCGCAGUCACAUUCAAGCUUUUCACCGCAUUUGCACUUCCGCUCUCACUCGCAACAAUAUGGCAGUGGCAUCUUCGCCAAUAUCGAAACAGGACAAGACGAUCAAGUCAGUCCCGCGGAACGUGCACAGCGUAACUUUUUGCUGUUGCAGCAAAUGCACCUUGUCAAAUCGGAGCGCACUGACCAAUACCCUGCAACGGGUGGCCUGUUCGAGACAGAGGGGAGCUGCCAGGCAAUCUUCUUACCCAAACCUCGCUUGCACAGCUCGCUUGUUUCCACUUGUGGCAUGGUGUCUGCACAGCAGCAGGGCUCGGUUGGCUCGAGAGACGCGGUGACAAAAAGUACAGCUGCGUUCGAGAGGAACAGAUGCUUGCCAAGUCGAGGAGCCUCGCUCUACAAGACUAGAUCAUCACCCGAGCUACGUCAACAAGCUGAAGCGCAAAAUGUUAAUAGCUCAGCGACGAGCACGUAUAACCCGCACAUCAACGUAGUGCCCAUUCCUGAGGGCGAUCCCAGCACGCGCACACGGGAGUCGAUCAAAGCAUCGGGCUUUGAUCGCGAAGACUUUCUGUUGCACCAUCAGGCCGAGCUCGCAAAGCUAGAUAUGCCACAGCGGGACAGGGCGGGAGCCGCUUCGAGAGGCAGCGUCGGCUCGGCCAGGCCUUUCUUCCACCAUCGUCCACCUCCUCCGCCACCUGCUCUGCAGUCGACACGCCUCAGACAGCGAUCUCACGCGCAUUCAGCCAGCGAUAGCCAAGCGGUGAAUCGCUCAUCGCUUCGCAAUCGCUUUGGACCCUUCAGUUCUGUUCAGUCCCGACCAAAUGGUGAAGAGUUGCGAUCGUCGAUGCUGGAUGGCCAAGAUGUGCACUCAAUUACGAGACCCCGCAUAGCACCACCCGCGGAGACUACUAUGCUCUUCUUCGAUCACGUCAUCCUCAACGAGCCCACAGAUGCAGACCUGGACGUCGCUACGGUGCUGGAGCAAGGGCGCAAGCUCGAUUGUGAGCGCGCUAAAUGGCGCAGAGAGUUUGCGAACGGGCUCGGUCGCCCGAAAUGUCGUGAGCGCUCCAGGUCGGCGGCGGCGUCAACCUACCGCAACAGCGCCAGCAUAGAAGCAAUGUUGGCGUACGAGACGCUGCGGAAGUCUCACUUCCGCGAGCAUGGACACCAGUUCUCAUUCGACGACAAGGAACUGGAUCCUCGCAGCGGCGCUCUCGUAACCAAUCGCUCGGAUGGGCAUCUGUUACUCCACGACCGGAGGCACGCUUCCAGCGCGCCUAUUCGGGGAGCGAAGAGUCAUGGAGACCUCAGGCAGGCGAACAUGCGCUCGUCUACGCCAAGCCCAACUAUUACAAGCUGCGGGCCGUUCAUGAUGAGCAAGCCUCGUGCGCUGUCUCGGAGUCAGGAUUGCAGCAUGACGGCGAAAGAUGGAAAGAGUUUUUGGUCAGCAUCCAGCGGGUUCUUCAAAAAGAAACGCCCAGAGAUGCGUCAAAGGUCGCAAACGAUUCACACCGACGGGUGGCGUGGCAGUCAAUUGUGGGAGAAUACAGUCCGGGCAGCCGAGCCGAAACAUAUUGGUGCCAACCUGCGCACCAGCGGCGCGAUCUCCCCUGUCGCAGGCGGACGGAUCGUCAUAGACGAGCCCGUUCUCAUUGCCCCGCAGCACUUGUUGGCUCCUGUCGCGCGCAAGGAUGCUAAUUCAAGCCCUGGAGUGCGGGGUGCUGCGCUCUUCCAAAUCUCUUCCCUCUACGCAGAGUCACAUCCAGCACCUCCAGUGGCAGAUCAACGCGAAGAGCAGUCUGGUGUCGCUAUUUCUACCCCAUCGGUAGGUAGCGAUGCCAUCUUCCAUGAGAAGCUCCCGGUUGCAUCUUCUGUGCGGCAGCCUACGCGCGCCGGCUAUCACCGCCCCACUAAUAAGCAAGAAUUGAAGGUGAUGCUGCGCAGGCAUCACAGCCCUCCAACAAACCCCAUGUUCCCAUCACUUGAGCGCAGCGCUACCAGUGGCAGUACCCCGAUCGCAGCUGUCCAACCCCCAGAACGAACGAGCAGUCUCCGGCGGAAGAGGAAGACUUCGAUGUCCGACAUGAGAACGGUAACACCAACGUCCACCGGCUCUCCAAUCCUCACGCUCCAGAAGAUCGCUCCCGACUUGCAGGCUACGCUAGAGAAUUCCCCUACCAUGAACAGCGUGGACUUACCCUCGUGGGAUGGCAAAGGUUCACUACCUGUCCCCCUUCGCAGGAGCAGGAAACCUGGCAAUGUCUCUUCAGAUGACACCUCUAGCGUGACCUAUCCUGCUCCGAUACGCGUUUCACGGACCACUGAGCCCUUCGAGAUAUGUUCUCAAGAAGCUGCAGCACCCUUCCAGACACCGACUUUGGAGCGUGUCGGUACUAUCAAUUACUUCGGAUGCGACAGCGAUGAUCAUCAGCCACCUUCGAAGCCAGUAGCAGCCAUGCAGGUGGAUUCUAGCGUAAGGCAAGAGCCGCCCGUACCGAUUCUUUCGCCGGUAAACGCUAAGUUUCCGGCUAACUCUCAGCAAACUGCACCGCUCAUUGCGCUGGGCAAAACAGCCUUCCCUUUGAUGGUUCAGGUCGCCAACAAUCAUGAGCAGGCAUAUCGGCGAUCUGUUUAUAGUGCUCGCAGUGUAGACGACGCGUGGACAACCUCUUCCGCUUCGUCUUUCCAGGAAGGACCUUCAAGGCAGAAUGAGGUUUGGAACCUCACUGCCGACGUCGGAGACGACGACUUUGAGGGACUGUUCUUCAAGGGUCAGAACACAUGCGAUCGAAGCGGUGCUGAGCAGCUACCGGCUAGCAACACCUUCAAUGCCAACUCACAAACAUCUUCACGUCGGCGCUUGAGCGGCAGCAGUCGGCGUUCGUUGGCUGGUAAGGAACAUGCAGUACCUUCUCCGCUCCCCAUACUCAAAAACUCUGAGACCAAGCCUCACUUCCUUACGACCUCCUGUGCACGAAGGACGUCGGACACUGUAGAUAAACUGUUCAAGCAUCAUAUGGCAGGUGAUGACAGUGGCCACAGCUCCGACGAAGGCACUUGGAGAUUGUUACGAGUCGGUCAAGUAGCCCAGGUCAAGCCGGAGCAGCCUCACGCUGGUAUCAGUGCUGUUGUAUUCCCCAUUGAAGACGCCGACGCUACGCCCGUCAUCAAGCAAAAGGGGCCACAUUCUACGGCCGAAUCAUUAAAGAAAAGAUCAGCCAGACUGGAGCCUCCUAGUGAAAAUACUUUCCGUACUAGCAUCGCCACUACAGAUUCAGGGGAAGGGAUGUCGGGCCUUCUUCGAGGUUCUUGGCCGAACCCGCCGGAUGUCAAGGUCCCUUAGCCUCAAAGUGAAGAUCGCUUGGGCGCCUCGACUACCAAUAACGGGUCCAUGAUCAUAUACCAUAGCUUACAAUUCCGCUAAUCAGCAUUCCUUUCUCGCUUCGCUGGUUCUAUGCAUCUUGUUUUCCAUUGUGUGCAAGUGUAAUCAAUCUCGAGAGAA